AUGACAGAUGAUUUAGGAGCAUUUAUUCAAAGAGUCCUUAGUCCUAUUAAAUCACCACCUGUCUCUCCAUUGCCCGGAAGUGAAGUUCCAGUCCCUUAUAUCGGCGAGGGUGUAGCUUCCGAAGUCAAGAAUUCCGAAGUGGAGAAAUCCUCUCUCUUCGCUUUCCAACACAUACAUAAAGCUUUGUCCCAAGGACAUGAAGAGAAGGAUGUUGAAGAGUCGGCCUCUGAGAAGUUGGUCAGUCAAUGUCUUCAGGAGUACAUGGCUGCCUGCUGUCGUCUAAGAUCUGUUGAUCUCCAAGGAGAAUUUGGCGCUUUUCACUGGCAAUAUGGAGAUCUUGAUGAUGCUGGCUGGGUUAAAAAGGGCACCGUUACAGGAUACAAUGAAUUAGAAGUCUAUAACGAUCCCUCAAAGCAUAUCGUUUUCGUGAAACUCCCACCAAUCCAGAAAUCUGUUGGAAAUUUGAUUUAUCCCCAAAAGACAAUUGACGCAAUGUUAUCCACCUGGAUAGACAUUGGUCAAACACAGGUCGCAACAACACCUACCAGAACUGACGCUGAAUCCGAACCCGUUUUCCAUCCGGCAAAGGCCAUAAUCAGGCUCUCUGACCUCCUUGAGGAAAUGCUUAACUCCGGCGAGGAUUGCAGUGGAAUGCGACCUAGCCUAACUUUGGCGAUCCUUCUCUCAAUUGAUCAGUGUACUGCAAAUCUUCCUCAAGGUCUAGAUGGAGAUAAAAAGUUCUUCCUUAAUCUCGAUCCUUCUGAGAUUCUCCUUCUAUCUUCUCCGGCAAAUUGUCUGGUAAUUUUCCGUAUCGUUGACUGUGAAGGUGAUUGGAAUAUCCAAAGACUGCUUCAAGAAUUGUAUCCUGGCAAUUCAGAUUCCCUAGAAGUUGCUAUGAAAGCCUGCUUCGAGAGUCUUUCAGAAGCGGCUAGAACGAAGCUUCACCUUCACGUUUUGCUUGAAGCUAUAGCUCCACCUGAUUGGGUCACCCAAACUAUGACUCGUAUUGCUCUCGGUAAAGGCGAAAUCGCCUCCCCUCACCAAGAUGACAACUGA